AGUUUGACUCGCAACAGUACAGAACACUCGCCCAGCUGCCGAACUCUGAUAAGCUAUCAGUUGUCCCUAGAAUAUUCGCUCCUCUACUUUGCUUCGUUAGUAGACAGCGGGAUGAUGAACUCUAUCAUCAGUUUGAUAAACGCGUUCCUCCAAGGAAGUCACUAAAUAACUUGUACACUGCUAUAAGUUUCCGCGAAUAUAUGAUAUAGAUAAGUAAUCCGAAUACUCUUUGGUGGUAUUACUGGAUAAAAUUAUUCGAUCAUCUCACAUAAAAUGAGGUCGAUUGACACAUUGCACUUAUCAGUUUAUUUAGUGUUGCUGUUCACGGUGCCAAAACAAGUGUGCAGCUACAAGAUUCUAAUGGCCCUCCUUUUAGAGAGCGAUUCAGUUCAUUUUUUCUACACGAAGAUUGCACGGCAUUUGGUUGAAGCUAACCAUUCAGUCACGUUUCUGACCUUCCAUGAUUCUUCUUUUACUCAUCCAAAUUUUGUAAACGUAAACAUUAUGGAAGGGGAACCUCCGUUGAAAGGUAACGCAUUCGACAUGGUAGACCUUGAAGCCGCCUUCGACGUUUUCUAUGCUGAAAUAGCAAGGAUCGGAACUCGGUUGUGGGAAAACCAAGAUAAUAAAAAACUAUUCGAUAACCGCCACGAGUUCGACGCCAUCAUUACAUCGGCCGGUGGAAACAGUAUUGUCUUGCCGUACGCAAUAAACUUCACGGGACCACUCAUACUGAUACAGAAUGCGGGUGUUGAAUAUUUCGCGACUGCUUUCUCCGGGAACUGGCUGCCACCCUCUGUGGUGCCAUCCAUUUUAAUGCCGUACGAUGAGCACAUGAGUUUCUACGAGCGAUGCAUGAACGUGUUAGACUUGUGGAAUUUAUACCACGGAGAUUUGAGUUCCUGGUACAAAUUUGAGUCCAGUUUUCUAGAGAAUUAUUUCCCUGGGAUUGGUGACAUCUCAAGGUUCUACGGACAAGCCUCCCUCACCCUCAUCAACGGCCACCACGCCCUGGACAACCCAUUGCCCCUCCUGCCCAACCAAGUGGAAAUCGGCACUUUGAAUGCCCACACUCCCGAGCCUCUGCCCCAGGACUUGGAGGAGUUCGUCGCCAGCAGCGGCGACCACGGCGUCAUCUACUUCAGCCUCGGCAGCUACGCCAGGAGCUCUGACAUUCCAGCGCGGGCAAAAAUGGAGUUUGUGGAAGCUUUCCGAAGGCUGCCACAGAAAAUCAUAUGGAAAUAUGAGGCGGACGACCUCGACCUUCCCCCCAACGUCCUCACGAGGCCAUGGCUUCCCCAGCAGGACAUUCUGGGCCACCCGAAAACUCGAGUGUUCAUCUCGCACUGCGGCAUCAUGGGUGCGCAGGAGGCCAAGUACCACGGCGUACCAGUGCUCGCCGUACCAAUCGCCUUCGACCAGCACCGCAAUGCCGCGCGGAUGGUGCGCCAGAAAGUCGCAAUUUCGCUGUCAUGGAACACGGUCACCGCGGACCAAAUUGUUGAUGCUCUCUAUAUCCUCGUUAACGACACAAGCUACUCGGAGCGCGUGCGUCGCACGUCCGCCGUCCUGCAGGAUCAGAAGGAGAGUCCCGCGGACCGCGCCGUGUGGUGGGUAGAGUACGUCAUCCGGCACGGUGGGGCGCCGCACCUGCAGUACCCCGGCCAGCGUCUGCACUUCCUGCAGUACAUCUGUGCAGAUGUGCUGCUGUUCCUCGCUGUCUGCACAUACCUUGUGUACAGACUGGCUAAAUGCAUCCUGCUCUACUUCGUAAACUUGUGCUUUGGAAAAGUCAAACCCCAGAAGACUAAAAUUAAUUAACUUCUCUGAGACUAAACGAAGAAAAUACUGACCGAAAAUUUUGUUGUUUAAAUCACUUGUUCUCAAACAAUGUUUCGAGUUUAAAGGUUUGUAUAUGCAUUUGCUGGAAAUUUACAAAUGGUAUUUUUUGUUAGGAAAAUUUAAUUUCAUCACCUAAUUGAAUAUUUUAGUUCUGGUAUAUCUAAUAAUCCCUGGAGCACCGCACGAUAAUUUCCAAUUUCGAAUUAUGUGCAAUUUCAGAAAAAAAUCUUCCAUGCAUUUGUCCUUGAACUUUUUUAUACCAAUAAUCAUUUCCUUCACUCAAUACUGAGCGAAUGACAUUUAAAUCAUAAUUAAUAUUGAUAACGUCCAGAGUUCACAUACAGAGGUAAAUUAAAGAAUCAAAAAAUUCCCUCCGACUGAUACAAAUCAUGAAAAUUUUCUGUCGACAGCGUUAUUAAAGUUUACAAAUUAACGUCGUCCCAUCUGCCAAGUUAAUAAGGUGAAUAUCCCACUCAAAAAUUCAUGAGGGAGACGAAGGUUGUAAUUUCAUUCGCCUGCCAGAUAUUUUAAAAUUAAUUUCUUGGGCUGAUUGGCUUAACAAUUUGAGUGAUGUUGCUCCCAGGACAAUAAAAAUUUGAUGACUUCCUGAGUGACCUAUUGCAUUUGAUAAUUUUUGUUCACAUAAAAAAGUGGAAUUUUGUAUAAGAUUUUUUCCUUUCAGUGAAAAUUCCAGGUUGAAGUAAACGCAGGGUGCUCUGGGAAUGAUAGUCCCAAAAAUUCCAAACGUAAUAUAAUAAUAUAAAUGAUAUUUAGGAUAGAAGUAAUCACGAAAUUCAA